AUGGCUACAGGAGGUAUUGCUGUUCUCCUGUCGAGCACGCCACAUCAAUUCCCCGGUUUGAAGACCAUGGGCAAGAUUGUGUACAUCCUCAAUCUUGUCCUCUUCCUGGGUAUAUCUGCCUGUCUGAUCAUCCACUUCCUGGCCAAGUCCUCCGCCCUCAACGACUCCUUCCAGGAGCCCAAUGAAAGCUACUUUAUAGGAACCUGUCUACUGGCCCUAGCGACGCUAAUCCUCGGAGCCGAGAAUUACGGAAACGACGCAUGUGGCCCCUGGCUGCAGGUUGCCCUUCGCAUCGUGUUUUGGAUCUACGUUGUCCUCUCGACCAUCCAGGCCAUCUGGCAUAACUGGUACCUCUACCAUAUCCGCAUGGCCCGUCGCCAGCCAUUUGCCCUCGUCCGUCUUCUCCCUUUGUUUCCGGCCAUGCUGACGGGGACGAUGGCAUCGGUGCUGGCGUCGCAUCAGCCUCGUCAUCAUGCCCUCCCCAUUCUAAUCGGGGGGACAACCUUCCAAGGCUUCGGAUUUAUCAUGUCUCUAGUCAUCUACUCCGAUUACUUCUCCCGACUCCACAAAGACGGACUCCCAAAGCCAUCUGACCGACCCGAAAUGUUCAUCGCCGUGGGACCAUGGAGUUUCACAGCCCUGGCCCUGCUUGGGAUGGCGGAAGCGGCCGUCAAGCAGUUUCCGGGCCAGUCCGUUAUUUUCUACGCGGACGCCUCCACGAGCCAGCCAGUGUCCGUCCCCACCGGAGACAUUGCACUUGUACUCGCCGCGCUGGUGGCCAUCUUCGUGUGGACCAUGGCAGCUUUUUGCCUGUGCAUUGCGGUGCUCAGCGUCUUGGCCCAGUGUCGCGUGUUCGGCAGCACCGGGGCGCUGCGCAUGUCGCUUCCAUACUGGAGCAUGGUCUUUCCGAACACGGGGUUCGUGCUUGCCACUAUCCGGGUUGGACAGGUGCUGCAGUCGUCUGCGAUUCUGUGGGUUGGGUCAGGGUUGACGAUGGCCCAGGUGGCUAUCUGGUUGUGUGUCGGCGUAGGGACAAUCUGGGCUGUGGCUACCCGGCGGAUGCUGUGGCCGGAGGGUGAGGAGAAGGAGUCUUAA